GGCGCUUUAUGCAUUAUACACUCCUUUAAGAUUAUAUCAAGGAACGUAUCCAGGAUAGGUGAUAAAACCAACGGCUUUAUAAGUGGUUAGCUUUAAAGUUAACUGCGUCCUGUGUAUCAAAAUCUUGAGCUGACUGCAUUACUACAUUCACUAUGGACACGAGUGACACAGCCCCUGAUUCCUGGGAGCAAGAGGACGAUGUUGAGGCCGAAACUGACGCCGAACUUCAGACUGCUUUUACUGGCCUCAACGUCAAUGCCCCUGAAUUUGUACCAUCAUCUUUUCAGAGAGGGCCCCCGGAGAAUCCACAGUCUGAUGGUACCGAUACAGUUGCCAACAUGGAAGUCUCAGAAACAGUGGCUGCAGUGGCAAAUGGGGAGGCGAACACAAACACGGAGACGUGGGAGGAGAAGGCAGAGCUAGAUGAGGAGGAGCCCGGAAGUGGGUCUUUGGCAGAGAGCAGAGUAUCUGCUGAGGAGACGCAAGAAGAAAUGAUGGAGGAAGAUGAGGAGGAGAUGCCUGCCCCUAAACCACCUGUUGCCGCACCCAACGCCCCCAAAAAGGAGCAUGUUAAUGUUGUGUUCAUCGGACAUGUGGAUGCUGGCAAGUCAACAAUUGGUGGACAGAUCAUGUAUUUGACUGGAAUGGUGGACAAAAGGACCCUUGAAAAAUAUGAAAAGGAAGCUAAAGAGAAGAACAGAGAAACUUGGUAUCUCUCCUGGGCUUUGGACACAAACCAGGAGGAGAGAGACAAGGGAAAAACUGUGGAGGUAGGAAGAGCCUACUUUGAAACAGAGAAGAAGCACUUUACUAUCCUGGAUGCCCCAGGUCACAAAAGCUUUGUACCCAACAUGAUUGGUGGGGCAUCGCAGGCUGACUUGGCAGUGCUGGUAAUCUCAGCCAGAAAGGGAGAGUUUGAGACAGGUUUUGAGAAGGGUGGACAGACUCGUGAACACGCCAUGUUAGCUAAAACAGCUGGAGUCAAACACUUGAUAGUUCUUAUCAACAAAAUGGACGAUCCCACUGUGAACUGGAGCCUGGAGAGGUAUGAGGAAUGUAAGGAGAAAAUUGUGCCAUUUCUGAAAAAGGUGGGCUUUAACCCCAAAAAAGAUAUUCAUUUCAUGCCCUGUUCUGGACUGACUGGAGCCAACCUAAAAGAACCCUCUGACCUUUGCCCCUGGUAUACGGGUUUACCUUUCAUUGCACAUCUGGACAGUUUGCCAAAUUUCAACAGAUCAAGCGACGGCCCCGUCAGAUUACCUAUCGUCGACAAAUACAAGGACAUGGGCACAGUGAUCCUUGGCAAACUGGAAUCAGGGUGUAUCAGUAAAGCACAGCAGCUUGUCAUGAUGCCAAACAGGCACACCGUGGAGGUUCUGAGCCUUCUUUCGGAUGACGUGGAGACUGAUGAUGCAAGCCCCGGGGAGAACCUGAAACUGCGGCUGAAGGGCAUCGAGGAAGAGGAGAUUCUGCCUGGCUUCAUCCUAUGCAACCCCGAGAAUCUCUGCCACUCUGGCCGCACGUUUGAUGCCCAGAUUGUUAUCAUUGAACACAAAUCCAUCAUAUGCCCAGGUUACAAUGCAGUCCUCCACAUUCAUACAUGCAUCGAAGAAGUUCAGAUAACCGCCUUAAUCUGUCUCGUGGACAAGAAGACGGGCGAAAAGAGUAAAACACGACCUCGAUUUGUGAAACAAGACCAAGUGUGCAUCGCCCGUCUCAGGGCAGCGGGAACCAUCUGCCUGGAGACUUUUAAAGACUUCCCUCAGAUGGGAAGGUUCACCCUGAGGGAUGAGGGCAAAACUAUUGCCAUCGGCAAGGUGUUGAAGUUGGUUCCGGAAAAAGACUAAAUGGGAACAGCAGAAGUGUCCUGAUACGCUCUGGGGUCUGGGAGAAGGAUGCGACAGUCAGCUGACUGGCAUUUCUCCAUUCUGCACCAUCUACCCGCCGUGGAUCAACAAAUGAAAAGCGUGUUUGAAAAAAAAGGACUUUAUCAAAGAGACAGAGUCAGUUUUUAAGAAGAUCAGUGUAAAAAAACAAAAAGCAAAACAAAAACUAAAAACAAAAACAAAACAAAAAAACAAAGAGAGAGAGAUGUUUGUUGUGUCAGCUUUCUCAUAUUGAGAGCUCAGCUAUGCCACACAUGUAGCCCCCCCCCCCCCCUCCACUGGCCCAUUU